CAGUACGGGCAGACUCUUCUCUUCUCUCUCUUCAGUGGAUACAGCGGGGAACAGACAGAUCGCCUGUGGGAUGGAUUAUUAAAAUUACCCUUGCGAGAAUAUUCAUCUGUUUCCUUUUCAUUUACUCGCCGUCACACUCUCUCGUGUACACCCAUCCAUCCAUGUGUCCGGACGGGUUCUGAAUCGGGCAGAAUGCGGAUCCUGGUGCUGAUUCCGCUGCUGUGGGGUCUUAGUGAGGGGGCUUUCCCCAGCAGUGUCCAAAUCGGUGGGUUGUUUAUAAGAAACACGGAUCAAGAAUACACGGCUUUCCGCUUGUCCAUAUUUCUACACAACACCAGUCCAAAUGCAACGGAGGCCCCCUUCAACCUGGUUCCUCACGUGGACAAUAUCGAGACCGCCAACAGCUUUGCCGUCACCAAUGCCUGUGAGUGA